AUGCCUCCGAAACGCAAGAGAAACGACCGUCUUUCGGUCGAAGGAGGCCGUUCUUCCCCGCAUCGCCCUGGCGAUACGAUGCUUGGUCAACACGACCGCGACGACGGCAUGGGGCGUGGCCGCGGUAGAGGGCCUCGUGGUCCCAGUCGGCGCGACUCAUCCCAAGGCCACAACCGAGCUCCUCAAAAUCAUCAACCAAACCCUUCCCCUACUCAACGACGACCCAGCUCCUCUUCGCACGCGCCGCCUCCGCCUCCUCCGCCUCCUCCCGCAGUCAGGAAACCAGCGCCACAGCCUGUUCAGAGGCCGGUCUCUCCGGUCCGUCAAACGUACCGAUACGAUAACCUCACAGACGAAAAGAUUAGCACCUGGGCCGAGCGCGGGCGAGGCGAGAUCCUACAGCACGGAAAGCAAUCGCGCGACGAUGUUGACAUUACUGAACUGUCAAGCUUGUUCCAAGAGUUUAUCCAUGCCGUCGUUGAGGCUCGACUUCCACCUGCUGAUGCAGGCGCCUGCGUCAAGGAGAUUAUUGGAGACGAAACGUCGGAGAUCAUUAAGGAAUCAUACGCGUUUGCUCCCCAUACCCUCUUCCUUGACUCUUUGUCGAUCGUCAUGGACAACGAGCCCGCUAUUUACCGGCCGACCCUUCGCGAAUUCCUCAUUGCUACCGGUGUUUCCUCCAGCUUAAUGCGACAGGUUUUCGAUGCACCAGUUCUGCAGCAACUUGGACUGAUCAGAGACAACUUUGCAAAGCUUGGCAUCAAACAGGCAACAAAUCUUCUCUACCGGCAAGCCAAUUACAACCUACUUCGCGAGGAAACCGAAGGAUAUUCAAAGCUUAUCACGGAGCUCUUUACCACUAGCAGUGUUGCACCGCCUCCUCCUGAAAUGGCUGAGCAGACAUUUGAGCGCAUCAAGGCUUUGAUCGGAACCUUUGACUUGGAUGUUGGCAGGGUGCUUGACGUCACGCUUGAUGUUGCUGCUGCCGUCCUUAUCAAGCAGUUCAAGUUCUUUGUCAAAUUCCUCCGAGUCAGCUCCUGGUGGCCCCGAUCUCACCUGAAGUUCAGCGCCGCGGUCUAUGUCGGUGGCCUACCUCUAUGGGCUACCCCCGGAUACUCGCAAUGGACGACGACAGAGGAGGAUGAGAAGCUUCUGGAAGAGAAGAAGCUAACCCGGGACAUCGCUUUCUGGGAUCGAGGCCGAGAAAUUCAUCUGGGUGCAUUCUUCGAGUUGGGUGGCCGACAGGUUGCGGAUUCUGACUCGCAGAAACUCACCAUUACCAAUGGAGCUGAGGGCGACGAUGCUGCUGCUGACCUCGAACGACAAUGGGUGCAGGAAACCAAGACACUGCCUCCCGCAGGUAACCGAACUGCUGCACAAUUGCUCGGCUUCAAGCUUCGAUUUUACAACUCUGAAGCUCGAGAUGAAUCCGAUGUUCUCCCUGCGAACCUGCUCUACCUGGCUGCUCUCCUCAUCAAGAUUGGUUUCAUCUCCAUCAUCGACCUCUAUCCUCAUCUUUCACCAGCUGACGAAGACAUGGAGCAAGUCCGUGAGAAGGAAAUGAAGAAAGUUGAGGAGGCAGAGCGAGCUUCACGAGGUGGCCCUAUGAAUGCGCUCCUGAUGGCUGGCGUCCUGCCUCAAGGAGAUGAUGACAACCCCAUCUCCUCAACCCUCCCUCGAAGAGAGCUCCCCAAGAAGGCCGAAGCGGAGGUGAAGGAAGCCACAACAGAAGCAACAGACAACAAGCCGAAACUGCCUGAGCCUCUGGAGCAAAAGGUAUCGUUGCUCACUCAGCUUCUCACCAUCGGCGCCAUUCCCGAGUCCUUGUUCAUUCUCGGUCGCUUCCCUUGGAUCCCGGAAGCCUUCCCUGAGGUCCUUGAGCGAAUCCAUCGCAUCCUGCACCAUUGUGUCGACAAGGUUUUCAACGAUAGCCGACCUAUCAUAAAGAGCGAAUCCGGAUGCCCAACGAAAUUUGUUCCCGACUUCGAUCAAUCAGGACUCCCUAAGGGCAGUGUGCGGCUCAGCAGACUCACAACUCGGAAAUCUCUCAGGUGGCCUUUCCCCGAUAAGACGGACACCAACGAAUCGCAGACCUACCGAUACUACUGGGAUGAGUGGGCAGACAACGUCCCUGUUUGUCAAACCGUUGAUGACAUCUUUACUCUUUGCGGAACCCUUCUCAACAUCUCGGGUGUCAACAUCGGCAAAGACGAGGCUCUGCUGACCAAGUUGGCUAGAAUCGGAGCCAAGAGUCUUGCUGAAGACAAGUCGGAGGACAAUUUGACCCGUUGGCACGAUCUCCUUCGAAGACUUCUGUUACCCGCUCUCAGUCACACAAAGGCCAACGCUUCGGCCGUGAAUGCUAUUUGGGAUCUCAUGAGGCACUACCCCAUGACAACUCGCUACUCUAUGUAUGCCGAGUGGUUCGAAGGACAGAUUUCUCGCCUACCUGCCAUGAAAGCCGCCUUUGCAAGAGCAACUUCGGAAACCCGUGGCACUAUGAAGCGUGUCUCUCUGACUAACCUGAGCGAAAUGGCCAAACAGCUCGCCAAGACCAGCUACUCGUCUCCUGGUAUCGUCUUCAGGGUUGCGUUCGAGCAGCUUGAAUCUUACCCUAACUUGAUCGAGGCCUUUGUGGAGUGUGCCAAGUACUUUACGGAGCUUUCGUACGAUGUCCUUGUCUGGUCAUUGAUGAACUCUCUGGGCAAGUCCAGGAGCCGCACACAAGCCGAACAUGCUCUCACCACAAGCAAGUGGCUGCAGGCUCUCUCUAGGUUCUCCGGCAGGGUGUUCCGGCGAUAUACCGUGUUGAACGCUACACCCGUUCUUCAGUAUGUCAACGACCAGUUAAUCAAGGGCAACUCGACCGACUUGAUUAUUCUCAAGGAGCUCAUUACAUCCAUGGGCGGAAUUGUCGAUUCGGUGGAUUUCACUGAUCACCAGGUUUUAUCCAUGGCUGGAGGACAAUGUCUGCGACGCCAUACUCUGAUCCGCGGUCAAGACAAACGGUUUGAGAACAUCAAGAGUUCGAAGCGCCUGAUCCAGGCCUUGACUGACUCCAAGCUUGGUGUGCAGCUGCUUAUCAACUUGGCCCAGUACCGACAAGCAGCACUCUUCCAAGUACCUGACGACGAAGCACACAUCAAGUACCUGUCAUCGAUCAUUGACGAUUCUCACCGCAUCCUGAUUCAAUACCUGGACCUUCUCUGGAGUAAUCUCGAGCCUGCCGAGUUCGAUGCACUUGUACCGUCUAUCCCCGACCUCAUUCACACCUAUGGCCUCGAAGCCGGCCCCGCAUUCCUUAUCGGAAGGGCCAGCCUCGCCCACCGUAUGUUUCCAUGGCAGGCGAAGAAGCUGGACGAACCAAAGGGAAAGGAGAAGGGUUCUCAGCCCGCGGACAAGGACGGCGAUGUUUCCAUGUCGAAUACCCCAGCAGCAAACAGUGGAAACGAAACCCCCCAGGAACCCGUCCAAGCCGACGAACAGGUGGGAACCCAAAGCUCGCCAACAUCCAACUCAACUAAUUCCCCACGAUCACAGAAGUCUGACGUUCCUUCGCUCGUCAGGGCGGCGCUGCAGCCCAUCGUGGACUCGAUCCAAGAUUGCGCCCGCCCUGAAACCUGGCAAAAGAUUACCCCAGAUCUCUAUGCGACAUUCUGGGCUCUCCAGCUGGGUGAUCUCUUUUGCCCUGAGAAGAUCUAUCGACAAGAAAAGGAUCGUCUCAAGAGCGAGGAGCUGGCUGUAUCUCGAGAUCGCACUGACAUGUCGAGGCGAGGACAGGAGCGCAAGGUAGAGAAGAGAAAGGAGUUGAUGCAACUCCAGAUCGGCCUUCAUGAAGAAUGCGCCGAACAUCUCCUCCGACAGGGCAAGUGGAAGUUCUACCUAAGCAAGCAGUUCCAGUCUUCAUUCCCUGAGCCUAGGGCGAAGCCGGAUAGCAUCUCCGAUGUCUUGCUCGAGCAGUGCUUCCUGCCUCGAAUGCUCCUGUCUACAGCAGAUGCGGAGUAUACCUACAGGUUUAUCAAGGCCCUUCACGAGUGGAAUGCCCCUGGCUUCAAGUUGAUGUCGCUCUAUGAUCGCCUUUUCAACGCCAACCGACUGCGAUCACUGAUCUUCACAUCCAGUGUCAUGGAGGCCGAAUACCUUGGGCACUUCUUGAAACUCAUCCUGGAGGACCUUUCGCGAUGGCACAAGAAUGCCACCGUGCCUAAUGAAAAAGACAAGGCAUCCAAGGAUCAGCCUCGACUAGGCGCCUACGAGAAGGAGGGCAAAGGCCCCAGCGACCAACCUCGUCUUGGGUUUGCCCUCACUGUCGACGACAAUGGAAAGCCACUCACCUUUGUGGAGCAUGAGCAGUUCCGUGACAUGUUGUUCAAAUGGCAUAAGAACCUUAACAGUGCACUCCGUUCUUGCCUUGAGGGUGCAGAAUGGAUGCAUAUUCGAAACGCCAUCACGGUGCUGAAGGCUGUGCUCGACUAUUUCCCCGCCAUCGACUUCAUGGCUACCAGGUUCUCAGCCCUUCUUCAGACCAUUACCAAGCAAGAAACAGCCUCCAAGCCUUCGCCAGACAGCGAGGUCGGUGGGCGCGUUGAUCUUGCGGUUGCCGCUCAGGGCGCAAUGUCCGAACUUCAGAGAAGAAAAUCCAAAUGGGUUAUGGUCCAGGCUUUCCGCCCUGGUGGUGCCGGAGCCUCUCAAAAUGAAGCAGACAAAUCAUCCAACUUGCGUGCUACUGCGCCAGAGUUCAGACCGGGCUCUUCCAAGACACUCGGAGUAAAGCAGUCCGGGGCUGAGGAGGAGGAUGGGGAGGUAAAGGAUGCAAAGGACAGCAAGUCCCCUGCCACCGACACCGCGACAAAGACCGCAGGCACUCCAAAGGACUCAUUGCCUGCCAAGCCUACAGGACCCAGGGACAGCAACAAGCGUGAUUCAACUCCACAGGGUCCUCGUUCGUCAGCUCCAAGCUCAGGACCUGGCUCUGGGCCAAACGGGCCCAAGGCUGAUGCUCGGCCAAACACCCUUCCCGAUCGCCCUCCCCAUACACUCCCAAGCAGGCCUGAUGUGCCCAUCCCUGCUCACUUCACUCCCGAGCGAUAUAACCAAUCUCGAGGACAUGAUCGGCGAGACGGCAAGGAGCAACGGGAUCCACGCACCAGAGACCCUCGUGAGCCCCGAGACUCUCGCGACAAUCGAGACCAGAGAGAACCUAGAGAGCCUCGCGAGGCUCGCGAGAGUCGCGAUCACCGAGAGGUGCGCGAACAGCGUGAUAACCGAUCUUUUGAUGCUUCUCGUCCUGAUCGGCCGCGGGAGUACUCUGAUCGCCGGGGACAGGAGCACAGCCGAGAACAGAUGAGGCCUGACGCGCCAUCGCGCCGUAAUGACCACGAGCGUGAGCGGCCUCGGGAUUCUAGAGGCGGUCGAGGUCAUGAGCACGGCCGUUUGAAUGAGCCGCCUGCUCAAGCUCCCACUGCGCCUACUGGUAACACCGACGCACCUGAGCCUCAUAUCAACCCUGAAAGGGCUGCCUUACUUGCCCAAGAACCGGAGCGAACCCGUGCCCCUGGCUCUGAUCGACCCAGUAGGAGCCGUAAGAAUGCUCCUGCUGAGCCGAUGGAGGGCGUCAAUCCAGAAAGGGCAGCCUUGAUGGAGAACAGAGACAGCACGCCAUCCCGCCCACCUCGAGACGAAGGACGCGAUCGCAACUCACGUGCUCAGUCUCCUCGACGAAGCGGGCGCUAUGGACACGAGAGUGGUCCCCAAGAAGGCCGUGAGGAACGACACGACCGGAAUCAUCCAGCAGAUCACCGAGCUUCAGGGAGAGACCCUCGGGAGCGUUCCCCAGUGCCGAGCAACUAUCGUGGUGAAAGGCCAGUGGAUCGUGACAAUGAUAGAGCGUCCGGAAGCAAGACUCGCGACGCCUCGGGCUUCCACGGUCCCUCCUCACGCGGUCCGGAGCCUGAGCACAAGCCGUCUCAUCAGGAUGACUCGUAUGGACGUCUCAACCCGAUUCAGAGCGUGGCCGAUAUUCCCUACGGCCCUCGAGGUCGUGGACGAGGAUCCGCAAGGGGCAGUCAUGGUGGACCUCAAGGCCUUCCAGGUCGACUGGACAACCGAUUCGCUGCCCCAGAAGCCGAACGACCACCCACUCCUGACAGGCCUCCUCCAACUGGCCCAUCGUCAGGCAGGGGACGACGAGGCGGGUAUGAGCAAAAUGCUGGACCAGUGACUCCAUCGAGCACUCCUGGAGGCCCACAGGGCAGAGUUAGAAACUCUGGCCCGGGCCAAGGCAUGCCAUCUCCUGCAUCGACCAACGCAACACCUUCAGGUGUUCAUCCCGAACGACUUGCUCAAAUCGGUAACUCGCUGCCUCCUCCUCCUCCACCAGGACCACCACCUCAUGGCCCAAGUCACAGUCAUGGCCAUGGUCGUCAGUCCAUGCCUGGAACCAAUACACCAGACCGAGGAUCAGGCCCUGGGCCCCGUCAAACCCCUGGUAACUACGCAGGAUCCCCAGCAGGCGACGGAGGUGUACCCACUGGUCCAGCUUCCUCCAACGAGCGAUCCCGCAAUGGUGGCAGCCGGAGGCAGCUGGCUGGUAUAAACAGCACGCUGCAGCAAGCACAGGCAAACAUGCCAGACAUGAGUCGAAGCAGUAGCAUGCGAAGGAACCAACCCAGACAGACGCUCGGUGGUUCAGAUGCACAGGUCCUCACGGGGGGUUCUCCUGUUAGCACGCCUGUUGUCGAACGUCAAGACCCGGUCCGACAUGAAACAUCAAGCCGAGGACCUGCCAACGCAGAUGAAUCAUCUGGUCGUGGUGAGCAUGAACGAAGCCGUCGUGAUCGCGAAAGCCGGUCCAAUCGCGCCUCACGUCGAAGCAGCCGAGAGCGAGAUAGAGAACGGACGCCCGGCCGAGAACGUGAUGGCAAGGAGCAUCGUGAGUAUCGAGAGCGACGCUCGGGAGCUGGCGAGGGUGGCCGAGAGGAGCGAGAGUCCUCGAGGCGGUCGACUAGAGAUCAAGGCAGCAGUGGACGCGAACCAAUGGGCCCUCCUCCCACCAGCGGAAGAGACCUGGUGCAGGGACGGGAGAGUCGGCAUCGAGGUGAAAGCCAAGGUGGGCGAAGCGGCGAGGAUUGGGGGAGCAGCCGAGGUGGACGUGGAGGACAACGUGAGGGAGGCUUGAGGCCUGAAGAUCGCCGCGAAGGACGAGAGGAACGUGGACGAAAGAGGAGAAGUGAAGAAGGAGUUGGCGGAUUAUCGAGCGAGCGCGAGAAGCGACCCCGACGAUGA